UCGUCAAUCUUCAAUAUUUAGGAUUCUAGAUUCAAAAAGAAAUUAUAAUUAACGAGUAUAAGUUCUUAUUUAUAAUUGCAAAGCAUUAAUGAUUAAACGUAUUUUGAAUUUUUUAGACAAAUAAAUUAAUUUUACUCGCAUUCAUUGGAUUCUACAGUUUGAAUUUAGAUUCUUCGUUUUUGCACCAUAUUUUAUUCGUGUUAAAAACUUCAUUUUUAUCUUGGAUCACGUAAAAUAUAUAUAUAUAUAAGUACUGUUAACAUAACAACUGUACAAGUCAUUUUCUUUGUAUCUAAAUGAAAUACUGUGCAUUUAAAUAAAACUAUGCUGCUAUCUUCUAAUCGUUAAAUUUGUAAUUUUGUAUGCACUGUUUUCAAACUCAAUAUAUUUGAAGGGAACGUAAAACGUCUCUAAAAUCUAGGAGAUUUUGGAAUAUACUUCUAGUGUAACAGAUUUCACUUGAAUCUGAACAAAAUGCCACCGAAAUUACCGAAGGAAACAUUGGUGUUGUUAAUGAAUAUAGGAAUAACAUGUCCUGGGAAACAAAAUAAUCUGGCAUUGUUUGAGAAAACAAAAUACAUUGCUACGAGAAUUAUUAAUAAAAAGAUUUUUCUGCGACCAGAAGAUGAAGUUGCAGUCAUAGUAAUGGGUUCUCCUGUUACAAAAAAUAACUUAAAUAUAGAACACGUGGAAGAGUAUAUAAAUUUUCAAGUACCAAAUUGGAACUCAAUAGAAAAAAUUAUGCAGCUGCAGGCUACAAAACAUUGUACCAAUUGGGUGGAAGCACUUUUUGCUACAAUAAAAUAUGUACAGGACAAUGCUGUUGAUGCUUGUUUGAGAAAAGUAAUUAUUAUGUCUGAUUUCAAUGAAGAAUUAGACAUUAUUUCUCAAUUUGAAGUACAUGAAAUUGCAAAGGAAUUGCAUUCUCACGGGAUUGAGUUGCUCACAAUAGGAGAGAAGUCUUUACAUGAUGAGCCAGAAAGUUCUCUUAAAGUUAGUGAAAAGUUCCUUAAGGACUUACAUAAGCAGAUUAAAGGUAAACACAUAACAUUUGACAAUGCUGUGUCAGAUAUGAAAUUUUAUAGCGAUAUACCAGAGAAAGGAAUGCCUUGGUAUGUUACCAUGGAAUUAAUUGACAUACAAAUACCAGUUGUUCGUUAUAUUAAAGCAACUGAAACUAAAAAAUCUCUGUCAUGGGUAACAGCCACGGAGGACAAGGAAGUUACACCAGUGGUAGAGCACUUGGAUAGGCAGAGAGUUAACUAUGAUAAGGACGAAAUUAUAGCAGGAUAUCAAUACGGGGAAGAAGUUAUUCCAAUUGAAAAAAAGCUAGAAGAUUCUCUGAGUUACAAAUCUGGACCAAAAAGCUACAAGAUUCAUAGCUUUACAAGCGGAAAUAACGUCGAUUUAGAAUAUUGGCACGGUGAUACAGCCAUUAUAUUACCUUCGAGUCGAAAUGAAAAUGCGGUCAGGCCGUUUUACAGUUUAGUCCAAGCGAUGCACAAUUUGAAGUUAGUCGCCAUUGUAAGAAAAGUUUAUAGCAACGACAGUGCACCAGCAAUCGUAGGAUUAUUUCCCUGUAUCAAUGUUCCUGGUGAACCAUGGUGUCUGGUAGAAAUAUCUUUACCAUUUGCAGAAGACAGAAGAGUGAUGGAGGUAAAAUCCCUUAAGCAUGUUGCAAAAGAGUUGACGAGUGAACAACACGAAGCCAUAGAUAAUCUAUUGGAUUCUUUGUUAUUGCCUGAUCCAGAAGAUAGCCAAGAAAUAGAUGGACGUCAGCAUUUUAAAGAGGGUUGUGUGCCUGACCCCGCGAUACAGCACACAUGGCACAUGCUAUCCCAUCGAGCGCUUCAUCCGGGUGAACCGUUGCCACCCAUGGAAGAUUAUCUAAAAGAUAUUUUCGAAGUUCCAUCGAUAAAAGAAAGUAGCGAGCGUCAUCUCCAAAGGAUAGCAGAAUUAUUCCGAUUGGAAAGCAUAGAUCCCAAGAAGGAAAACGGUGAAUCCACGACGACAGGUGAUAUCCAGAAUGUCGAUAAAGAGUCUGCUAAAGCAGAAGAUAAAUUCGAUGAUGAUAUGGAAAUAGAAAUGCCUAUGGACCCCGUAGAUGUUGAUCUGGACGAAUUGGCGGCCAAUUUUUAAUGAACAUUUACAACUACUUUACCAACGUAGUUGCACGAAGAGGUUUUAUGUAAAAUGGUACCUUACAUUCCUUUUAAGAAACGAGUAAUAUAUUUUUAUAUCCAUUUGCAAGGUAUUAUGCUAAGAAACAUGUACAGAAGAGAUGACAAAAUAAAAAUAUAAUAA